AUGCUUACCGUUGGAGACGAAGUUUACACCGUAGGAAUUGACGAUUGCAUGAAAAAGUUUUCAACCGCAUCUAACGAGUACAGUUCUUAUUCCCUGAAAUUAGACUCUCAACCUCGCGCUUUGUGUAGUGGGGGAGGCAACAUUAUUUUUGUUGCGUGCAUGAACGAGAUCUCGAUCACUAAUGAAGGCCAAAAAGAAAAUAGUUUACUUGUGAAGUAUGAGCCAAACAGUAUCUCAUUCAACUCUGUAACUUGUGAACUAGCUGUUGGAAGUAGCAAGGAAAAUUUCGUGUAUGUUUACAAAGUAAGCGGGUAUAACUUGGAAGAAAUAACUAAGGUAUCUGUGAGAGGUACUCCGUCGCAUCUGGCAUAUUCGCCAAAUGGCGAAUUGUUAGCUGUUGGAGAUUCUCAAAGAUGUCUCACCGUAAUGGCAACAAAGGCUUACUCUGUAACACUACAUAGUUGGAGUUAUCAUACCGCCCGAGUAUCGUACCUUGCUUGGUCACCUGAUUCUACAUAUAUUGCAUCUGGUGGCAUUGAUUCCAAUGUUAUAUUGUGGUCAGUUGCCGAUGCUGGCAAGAAAGCAAUCGUCAAAGGAGCCCAUCCGAUGUCCCCUGUGAAUGGUAUUGUCUGGUUGGACAAUUCUUCAUUCGUAUCUGUUGGCAGCGACUGUUGUACAAGAUUAUGGGAUAUAUAG